AUGAUUCUCCCCUCCUUAAACCCCCGUCUGGCCGGCUCCUCGAUAGCUGCGCGGUCGUGCACUCGAGCAUCACAACGCUCCUUCCAGACAUCAGCAAGAGCUCUUGCGCCCACGUUCGCUGCCAGCCACCAGCCGCCUGUUACAAGUCAAUCUCGACAAUCGACGAGAUCAGCUCACGCGAUAUCCAACCCAACCCUGGCUGGUAUCGAGAAGAGAUGGGAGGGCAUGCCACCACAGGAACAGGCUGAGCUAUGGAUGCAGCUGCGAGAUAGGAUGAAGGUCAACUGGAAUGAGAUGACGCUGCAAGAAAAGAAAGCUGCUUGGUGGAUUGCAUUUGGACCUCACGGACCCCGCGCUGAAUCACCCCCAGGCGAAUGGCCAAGGAUUUGGCUAUAUACUGGAAUUGGUGUGGCUGUUUCCGCGAUACUAUUCCUCGGUGUUCAGUCUUUCGCACGUCCACCACCACGAACUAUGACUAAAGAGUGGCAAGAAGCAACCAAUGAGUACCUCAAGGAAGAGAGAGUCAACCCUAUCUAUGGUAUCAGCAGUGAAGGGUAUUCUGGCAAGGGUUACGUGCAAAGCAAAUCUGCGAAAGCCCUUGGUGUCAAGAUCGAAGAGGAGGAAUAG